GAAUUGUGCUGUGUAGCAACUGAAUGGAAUGUACACCCUAUAAGAAGUAAUAAGAACAUUGAGAAUCCUCAUGGAAAACCAGAUGUUAUGCAUUUCACCCCAGAGUUGUAUAACACCCAUAAUUAUGAAACUCAAGUCGCCUUUGAAGACGUUGCCAUUUGCGAGGAGUUGUACACAAAAGAAAAACCCAGUGAUUAUGACCAAGGGUUUCUGGGGCUAGUUCAGUUGGUAAGGCCAAAUAUAACUAUCCCUACUACUACCGACGAUGCUCUUGAACCUUUAUAUCAGUGUUAUUCAAGAUAUAGAUGA